CCCACGGGGGCCAUGAGGCCGCCGCCGGGCCGGAGGGACAGCGGCGGCUGGCCAGUGCUGCCGCUUCCGCUCCUGCUCCUGUUCCUGCUCUCGCCGUCGCUGCUGGCCGACGUGGCCGGUCCGGCGCCCGGGGAGCCGUGCUGGGAGGCGCUGCUGCGCUGCCAGGGGGAGCCGGCGUGCGGCUCGGCCUACAGCCAGAGCCAGGCGGCGUGCGAGCCGGUGCUGGGGGGCGCGGGCGGCUGCCCCAGCCACUGCGUGGGCGCGCUGCUGCAGCUCAACGGCACGGAGCGCGGGCCGGCCCUGGAGCGCUGCGAGUGCGGGGCCGACGCGCGCUGCCGCCGCCUCAAGGCGGCCCUGGAGCCGUGCCUGCCGCGGCCCGCGCGCGGUGGCCUGGGCUGCACGGCUGCCCGACGCCGCUGCCAGGCCGAGCCCGCCUGCCGGGACACGCUGGCCUCCUACCUGGCCCGCUGCGGGCAGCUGUUCAACGGGCGCCGCUGCACGGCCGCGUGCCGCGCGGCCAUCGGGGCGCUGCUGGCCACGGCCGGGGGCCCGCUGCUGGAGCGCUGCGUGUGCGACGGCGCCGAGCGGCCCUUCUGCCAGGUGCUCAAGGAGAACAUGGGCCGCCUGUGCUUCGGCCCCGCGGCCGCCGCCGCCGCCGCCGCCGAGGCCGAGGAGGACGACUACGAGGACGAGGAGGAGACAUCGAGGCCGCCGCCGCCCCCGCCCCACGGCCCCAGCCAGACUCUGUGGGGGCGCUCCCGGGCCGAGCCGCUGCGGCCGGGGUUGGGGCAGGAGCCUGGGCUCUCCCAGGGCGCCCUGGCCCUGGGCCUCCUGGGGCUGGUGAUCUGGCUCCUCUCCGGACCCUAGGCCCCCUCUGUCCCCGGAGCAGAAAUUCAGUGGGAAUGGAGCGAAGUCACUGUCUGGUGGCACCCACACCUGAACCGGAGGGAGCAACAUUUCUGACACUGCUCAUCCCACCCGGAUAGGGAGCUCACUGCCUGUCUUGGAAGCCCAUUCUAUCUGAAACAGCUCAGACUGUCGGGAAAUUUUCUCUACAGGCCUUGGAAAUCGGUCUCUACAGAUUACCCCACAGAGAGAAAAAAUGCAACAAGAAUAAUGCAGGUGGAAAUGUGAAGACCAGAUUCCCGCUAAUGUUUCUGAAUGCAGGGAGACACCCUGUUGGGAGCUAGGAAGGAGGAAUGAAUUUCUGCCCCUCUGUUCUCUUCCCCCACAUAGGGGACCAAGGAAUGGUGAUUAUUACCUGAGAGAGCCACGUGAUCAGAGGAAGCCCCUGAGAGUGAUAGGAUUGAGGCUUGGGUAGGAUUUUUCCACCACGGGCCAUUCCCACCCUCCUUUUCCAAUGCAGCCUCCUGCAUCACUUCUCCCUCAUCUGUUCAGUGGCUCUUCUCUCCCUUGCUAUCAUUUCCUGAAGGACUGAGCCCAGCUCACUCUUCUCACUCACUAAUCUCUCCUCAUGUCCACAAAGGCAGGGUUCCUUCACUGACUGCCUUCUUCGCCCCCUAGUCUUCCCGGACAUCUCAAGGAAUCCUGAGCGAGCUCAUCGUUUGCAGCCUCCCAUUCAGACUUUCCCCUAACGGCCACCAGCCAACCAGGGACCAGUCCAGCCCUCCUUUGGGCACGUCCCCAUGUGAAUAUUGUACAGGGCUGCGAGGGGAGCUUCCCUCUCUGCAAAGACGUUGUAUAGAAAUAAACCUGUUGGAAGUUUAUUUAUGUUGUAAAAAUGUCAACAGAGCCCCUAGCCCUGGACCCUUCUUCAAACUAAAAUAAAAUAUGAGAUUGUGCCAUCCAUUCUCAGCAGUAUCAGACUUCAAGGU